UAGAGAAGUCCGACUUCAAUGUUUGUACUAACGCCUCCCCAUCCGUGCGUAAUGGUGCGGGACUGCGCGGCAGAUGUUUGUGUGCAGGAAUGCUUUUUUACUUCUGAGGUUGGGGUUGACUUUUAUACGAAUUAGUAUGUUGUAGGCCAAUGACUGUACAUAUGAAGGUGCAGGCCUACCUCUCUUUUUCUAAACAACCAUAAGGCAUCUAAACAGUUCCAGGCUCCGGCUGUGAGUUCGUUGAUCUGUACCUCCCUGAACUCUCCGAUUAGCCGGGCAGGCAGCUGUCGUCAUCAGCAGCACCCCCGGGUUUUUCCCUUUUCUAAAUGGAUGGGGCUGUCCAGCUUUAUGCACAGUUCAACGGAAGCCGAAAGAUUGGAAACAACUUGUGAAUUCACCGGUCAGUUUGGUUUGUGUUUGCGGUAACGUUCAGAAGAAUGCUCGACGGCGGCGUCGCUGAAGAAGUUAAAGGUUGAGAAGUUUUUUUUCUUUCUUUCUCAUAAACUGUGCGGCGUUCAGGACUGGAGCAGGAGAGGAGGGAGAGGGAACAGCGGUUGCCUACUACAACGUUUACAAUAGAAAGGAAACUUCAACUCCCGUUAGAGUGGACUGAAGUGAAGUGGCAGCUCGUAAUUCCACAAUGGCUUUCGCUGUGGAUUGUAUAUAUUUAUUGAUGUGCUGUUCUCUCAACUUGAUAUGUUUAGAUCACAAACAUACUGUGAAAUCACAUGAACAUCUCUCUGGAAAGUUAAGUGAAUAUGGUCUUAUCGUGCCGUUCAGCACAGACUCCCACGGACGCUACAUCUCCCACGUGGUCUCAGCCUGGGCCUCAGCUGCAACGGGAGAAACUGAAAGUGAAGGUGCUGAUGCAGGGGGUGGUGCUGGUGAUUCCUCAUCCCCUGGUCCGGGAAAGAGGCGUGUGGCCCGUAGCGCCCCCGAGACUCCCUCUGUCACCUCUGGCGCAGGCCAACACCUGUUUUUCAACGUCACUGUGUUUGGGAAAGAGUUGCACCUUCGCCUCAAAGCAAACAGGAGGCUGGUGGCUCCGGGGGCAUUUGUGGAAUGGCAGGAGGACUUCGAGGAGAAGGCUAAGGAGCGUCUCCACGGGGACUGUGUUUUCACUGGAGACGUAUCCGACAUGCCAGAGGCUACUGUUGCCAUAAGCAACUGUGAUGGACUGGCAGGCCUGAUCCGGACUGAUAGCGGGGAGUUUUUCAUCGAGCCUUUAGAGAAGGGUCAGCAGGAUGUGGAGGUGAAAGGUCGUGUCCAUGUGGUCUACAGGAGAUCUGCCAUCAAAAGUGAACCAGUCCAAAGAAGGAAGGACCUCCACAAUGAAGUGACAGACUUUGGGAUUGCUAACCUCCCCGGUGGUCUGGACCUCUUGGAGCACAAGCUGACAGAGUCUGAGCGCAAACGGCGGCACGUCAAGACGGACGACUACAACAUCGAGGUGCUGCUGGCUGUGGACGACUCUGUGGUGCGUUUCCAUGGCAAGGAGCACGUACAGAACUAUGUUCUCACACUCAUCAACAUAGUUGAUGAGAUCUACCACGAUGAGUCCUUGGGAACCAACAUCAACAUCGUCCUCGUCCGCAUGAUCAUGGUUGGGUACAGACAGUCCAUCAGCCUGAUCGAGCGUGGGAACCCGUCCCGUAGCCUGGAGCAGGUGUGUCGCUGGGCCAACACGCAGCAGCGCCGGGACCCCGAUCAUGCUGAGUACCAUGACCAUGCCAUCUUCCUCACAAGGCAAGAUUUUGGUCCCGCAGGUAUGCAAGGUUACGCCCCGGUGACAGGCAUGUGCCAUCCUCUGAGGAGCUGCACUCUGAACCACGAGGACGGAUUCUCCUCGGCCUUCGUGGUGGCGCACGAGACCGGACAUGUGUUAGGUAUGGAACAUGACGGACAGGGGAAUCGUUGUUCUGACGAGACCAGCAUGGGGAGUAUCAUGGCACCGCUGGUCCAAGCAGCCUUCCAUCGCUACCACUGGUCACGCUGCAGUAAACAGGAACUGAACCGAUACAUCCACUCUUAUGACUGUCUCCUGGACAACCCUUUUGAGCACAAGUGGCCCAAGCUUCCUGAGCUACCUGGGAUUAACUACUCCAUGGACGAGCAGUGUCGUUUUGAUUUCGGAGUGGGCUACAAGAUGUGCACCGCUUUCCGGACAUACGAUCCCUGCAAGCAGCUGUGGUGUAGUCACCCUGACAACCAGUACUUUUGUAAGACCAAGAAGGGUCCGCCGGUGGAUGGGACAGAGUGUGCACCGUCGAAGUGGUGCUUCAAGGGCCACUGUAUCUGGCGCUCCUCUAGCCAGCCUCAGGGCCAUGACGGUAACUGGGGGUCCUGGACUAAGUUUGGGUCCUGCUCCAGAACCUGUGGAGGUGGAGUACGCUCCCGGAGCAGAACUUGUAACAACCCUGUGCCUGCGUACGGCGGUCGGGAUUGCCCCGGGUCCACCUUUGAUUACCAGAUGUGUAACAUGGAGGAGUGUGCCGGACCCUACGAAGACUUCCGCGCUCAACAGUGUGUCCAGAGGAGCAACAAAUACCACAAGAACACCAAGCACACCUGGCUACCUUACGAACACCCAGAUGAGGCUCACAAGUGUGAGUUGAGCUGUCAGUCCAAAGAGACCGGUGAGGUGGUGGUCAUGAACCAGGUGAUGCAUGAUGGGACGCGGUGCAGCUACACAGACCCUUUCAGUGUCUGCACCCGGGGGGAAUGUCUGCACGUGGGCUGCGACAAAGAGGUUGGCUCGUACAAACAAGAAGACAAGUGUGGAGUCUGUGGUGGGGACAACUCCCACUGUCGCACUGUCAAACUGACCCUCACCAAGAUGCCAAAGAAAACAGGCAUGCUGAAGAUGUUUGAUAUUCCGAUCGGUGCCCGGCACAUCGUUAUAGAGGAGAAUGAGACUUCCUCCCACAUAAUUGCUGUUAAGAAUCAAGUCACAGGCAGCUUCAUAUUGAACGCUAAAAGUGAAGAUGCCAAGUCCAGAACCUUCAUCGAGAGCGGUUUGGAGUGGGAGUACGCCUUCGGAAGCGGCGAGAAAGAAACCCUGAAAACAAUCGGCCCCCUUCACGAGGGCAUCGUUGUUCUGGUGGUUGGUGGAGGAGUGGAACCCGUGCAGUAAGACGUGUGGGAAGAUUGGCUACCAGUCCAGGGUUGUUCAGUGUAUGCAGGCCCUCCACAACGGCACCAACCGGACGGUCCACACUAAGUACUGUACAGAGGACAAGCCUGAGACCAGGAAGGUCUGUAACCCCUCUGCCUGCCCUGCGCAGUGGAGGACAGGGGCCUGGUCACAGUGUUCAGUAAGCUGUGGAGAGGGGAUUCGACAGAGACAGGUUGUGUGUAGAGCCACAGACAACACCAUCGGCCAGUGUGAGGGAGACAAGCCUGAAACUGUCCUCAUCUGUAAACUGAGCCCGUGUCCAGGACAGUCAUCGCUGCCCCCGUUCACUAAAGAAGCGAUGGAGAUUUCAACGACAAAGACGGAGGGUGUACAUCAGAUUGUUCCUGAGAAUCCUGUCCACAAACUCUCCUCCAAUGAGCCAUGUCUUGGAGACAAGUCUAUAUUCUGCCAGAUGGAGGUCCUGGCCCGUUACUGUUCCAUUCCUGGCUACAACAAGCUGUGCUGUGAGUCCUGCAACAAGAAGGAAGGCUUCACCACCCUCUUCUCUCCAUCCCCAGACCUCCACAAGACUGUUGGAUCCUCGAACUCAGACUCUGAGACUGGCCCAGACCAGGAGACCUCUACCCAGCCCAACCCCACCGCCUCCACCACCCAGCCAUCAGACUCCCCGCUCCCCACCACCACCCAGAGCCCAUCCCGAACCACUAAGACCCCUAGACGGCCUCGCUCCACUGCUCAGGGCCUGACCACUUCACCGUCGGCGGGUGCCGUCGUUCCCCAGGGUCCUUCCUUUGGGGUCGGGGAUGGAGACUCGGUCCCUGGGCUCCCUUCUCUACCUCCAGGUCCCAGCCCGCCUCUCCGGCCCAGGCUCCGAUCCAACGCUGCUCCAGACUCCAAUGGAGACCCUGCUUUAUCGCCAUCUAAAGAGCACAGCAAUCCAAACAACCGCUCUUUAGGCCAAUCCGCCGGCCCCGGCCCUGAACCCGGGCCUGCUGGAACUGUGGCUGGCGUUGCUGCUGCCAGGUCAAGAAGGGAGGAUGUAGGAUCGGACUCAGCUCACAGAACCAGAACAACCAGAACCCUGUCCCAUGUGCUGACAUGAUCACUGACUUAUCCUGGGACUUGCUGCUCAGUAAUAUUGGUCCACCAUGACUUCUGUCAGCUCAACGUUAUUGCAACGUUGUUACAGCAUUAGAGUGUUACAGCGUUACAAUGUGACAAUGUUACAAUAUGACAAUGUGACAACUUUAUUACAACAGUGUUACAACCAUCUGAUGGAUUAUCCUGGACUGGACUCUCAACCGAUUACUGCAAGAAUAAAUUAACAUAACAUUUUUUUUUAUCCAAGCCAGUGGACUUAGACCAGUAAUGGUUACCUCAUUGAACCAGCAGAGUGAUCUCUAUGCAUUUGCACUGCAUCACUCAGCCCUCUCUGCUUCAGUUAAUACAUGGAAUAAAAAACAAGAAAAUAAAAUGGUGCUGGAACUAAAAUGACUACAAGACAUGUUAAACAAUGUGACGACUGCAUUUCUACCAUAUUACUUCCUGAUCUGUGUACAGUUGUGCAAACAUAUUUUGAAAGUGCAUCAGAACUACUUAUUGAACUUAAUAUUGUGAAGAUAUUGUGUGGCACGCCCAAAAACCUUAACUUUGGGGGCUGUCACAAGUUGAAGUGAUGAUGUCACAAGUAUUGGUGAGGUCACAAGUUUGGAGAUGAUGUCACAAUGUAUUGGUGAUGAUGUCACUUCCUCCAGGGAGCUUUGUAACCUCUCCCCAUUGGUGCUCUUAUUGUUGACUUGCUUCCCAAACAACCAUUUACAAGAGAUUGACCUCAGAGGUCGUCUAAAGGUCAACAGGUCAAGUCUGUUUGUAAAGCCAACCCCACUGUAGCAUGCACAUGACAUUUUGUGGAAAAACUCACAUAUGCUUUAAAAGAUAAAAAGAAAACCAUUCUUGAUA